GCAGCAACGUGUGCUUGCAGUCCAGAAAGUCACCUGCAUCCUGGACUGCGCCAAGAGAAGCAUGGGCAGCAGGUGAAGAGAGGUGUUUCUGCUCUGUGAGGAUGUAGCUCCAGUUCUGAACAUCACUCAGUUGACCCUGGAACUAUUGUGAGGCUCUCCAGAGGAUUGCUGAGGCUGGAGAGAGGAAUCAGCCAUGGCAUACUUUGUGAAGGUGCCCUUCUCACAUCAUGAAUCUUGUGAAGAACAGGCCAGGGACCAAAGAUUUUCCUCAGUGUACCAUUCUGGAUCUGCUGGAGAGGUCCAUCUAGGAUUUGAUCGAAUAGUUGAUGAAGUUAACAACGAAUUUCAUUUUUAUGGCUCCUCACAUUCACAUCAUGAAGACACUUUUUUCCUAUCAGAUGUCUUUGGUCUGCAUGUGCCUGACCAUCAGAUUUGUGGUCAGCCUCUGGCUGCUUAUGGUGAACUUCAUCCUGGAAAUGCUUCUGUCUCUGACUGGCGACAAGGCACAAUGUCACCAGCAAUUGGCUUCAGACCUUCUUUACUAUAUGGUCACAGAAACUUCUCUCUGGCACUUCCCCGCCCCUACAGUCACGAAGGAGAAAGCUAUAGAGGGAAUGCAAAUGUGCUUGACUCAGGUGUGCAAAGAGGCCACACAAAUCUGAGUUUUCAGCUAGGCUUUGACGCUGUUGAUGCUCAGCAUCCAGUUUUCUUAGACAGCUCUCCAUUUGGACAAGAAGUGAGACAUGAAGGUGGAAAUGAGGAAGAUUGUUUACCUGCCACUUCCAAAAGAUGGGACAUUGGACCUACCUGGCCCAGCAGCUCUGGACUCAACACAGAGGCUGCAGGUUGGUCUAUCCAGCUGGUUGAAGCAAAUCAAGGAAGCAAUGAGAGCACAGCUGCUUUCUGCAACGCGGUGGAGAAAAUAAGAACUGCUUAUCCUGCUUUUGACUUGAAGACAAACACUGGAAGAAUCUGGAGUGUUGCAACAAGGUUCCCAGACCCUGUCUUGAGUGAAUCAAAAUUCAGUGUCAGCGUUUGGACAGAUUUUUCACCAGCUCCUCUGCUUCUUACACAAUGUGCUGGCUGUACCACCCAUGACCUAAUUGUAGAGGUCCUGCGCUGCACAAGUUGCUCCCCAGUCCAGGAGGAAUGCCUUCUAAGUGUUUGUGGGUCUGAGGAAUUCUUGCAGAAUCACCAUGCUUUGGGCAGCCAUGAAAAUCUUCGCAAGGCGAGCAGCUGCAUUCAGCUUCGACUACACGACGCAAGGAAUCUGGAGCGGAGCUUGGCUCGAACGCACGAGGAUGACCAGAGGAGGUUUGGUGUGGACCAGCUGCUAGAAGACACUUGUGCCUGGAGACUGACUCUGCAGAACCUGGCAUCAGCUAUAAUGAAAUACAGAGAUCAAGUGGAAUAUCUCUUGCAAAAUGAGCAUGCAGUGGAUAAUGUGAUCGAAGCAGCCAAAGCAGUCUGCAGGGUUCUGUGUUUUGUGGAAACCAGAGAUAUUACUGAUGCAGUUGAGAAACUCCGUGCGGUGCCGCUGGUGAAAUUACAGAGCUCACCUCAGAGUGUGGAAACACAAGGCAAAGCGUUAAUAGAGGCUGCUGUGACUGAGCUCUCCAUGGCCAUUUCUUGUCUCAUCCAUGUUUACAGCAGCAGCUUUGAUGUGAAUUUCCAGCUUGCCAGCAUACCUAAAAUCCCGUUGUGUGCAGACAUCAGCCUAGAUUCCCAGCUCAGCUUCACUGUUUAUGCUGCCCAUAACAUCCCAGAUGCUUGGGUGAACAGCUACAAAGUUUUCUCAUUUUCCUCUGCUCUAACUUAUGCUGGGAAGACAAUCUGCCACGUGAAGAUCUGCAAAAAAGUACCAGUGAGAAGAUCUUUCUUUUUCCUGGCUGACUGGAAUGAGAAAGUCAAUUUUCCUCUAAGGAUAAAAGCUCUGCCGAGGGAAACUAUGCUGACCAUAAAACUCCUUGGAGUAAGCCAUGCCUCCAAAAGUACAGAAGUGCUUGCUUGGACAUGCUCCCCAUUGUAUCCAAAAGAGCGGCUCCUUCAUGGAACUGUGCUACUCAACAUGUCAUCGUCCGGCACGCUUCCAACAGCCAUGGUCACCCCAGGCAUCUGCAGCACCCAUACACCAACCUCAGUAACCUUGCAGAUUGACUUUCCAGAAACUAAUUUGGAGUUUGUCAAGCCUGCACCUGAAGAAAGGAGAGAUGCCCUUGAAGAGCCGGCGGAAGACUGCUGCAGCACAUGGCGAGGUUUGCGCGGAGACAUUCUCCUCCUGCUACUCUCAGAGCAGCAGAGAAGAAUAUUAUGGUUUUAUCGUUCCUGCUGCAACCAUCAGAACUGCUCCCUCCCUCUGCUGCUGGGCAGCGCGCCCAGCUGGGACCGGACCACUCUCUCAGAGGUCUAUGCCGUGCUGAGCAGAUGGAGAUUUUCUGGCCCUCUGGAGGCGCUGGGGCUUCUGACUUUCAGUUUCCCAGAUCAAGAUGUUCGCCAGGACAGCAGCCAGCAGCUAGGAAAUCUGUCACAUGAUGAACUGCUGAAUACCCUCCCACAGCUGGUUCAGGUGCUCAAAUUUGAGUGGAGUCUUGAAAGCCCUCUAGUGACACUCCUGCUGACCCGUUCUCUUCAGAGCAUCCAAGUAGCUCAUCAGCUUUACUGGCUGCUGAGGAACGCACAGAACGAAGUCCAUUUCAAGAUCUGGUAUCAGAAAAUCCUGGCUGCUCUGCAGUUCUGUGCAGGAAAAGCCCUGAACAAGGAGUUUUCUAAGGAGGAGAAACUGAUCAGAAUCCUUGGAGACAUUGCCAAAAAUGUAAAAGCUGCCAGCGAGCCAAAAAGAAAGGAGGUGUUAAAGGUGGAGCUCGGCAGACUUCAGCAGCUCUUCCAGGAGAUAAAAGUGUGUCGGCUUCCCCUGAAUCCCGCGCUGGUUGUCCAGGGCAUAGAGGCAGACUCAUGUUCAUAUUUUACCUCCAAUGCUUUCCCAUUGAAACUCUCCUUCGUCAGUGCACAUGCUCCAGGUGGAAACAUCAACGUUAUUUUUAAGACAGGUGAUGAUCUACGCCAAGAUAUGCUGGUUCUGCAAAUGAUUCGAGUGAUGGACAGCAUCUGGUGCAAAGGACUGAAUAUGCAAAUGAUCAUUUAUAGGUUGUCUACAGGGAAAGGCCAAGGUUUGGUGCAGAUGGUGCCAGAUGCUACCACACUAGCCAAGAUCCACAGGGAGUCUGGACUGAUAGGACCACUGAAAGAAAACACAAUUAAAAAGUGGUUUCAUCAUCACCAUCCUCUGGAAUCAAGUUACCAAGAGGCAGUGAGGAAUUUCUUCUAUUCCUGUGCUGGCUGGUGUGUUGUUACCUUCAUUUUGGGAGUCUGUGAUCGCCACAGUGACAACAUCAUGCUGACAAACGCUGGCCACAUGUUCCACAUCGUUGGGAGAUUCUUAGGUCACGCACAGACAUUUGGGAGCAUAAGAAGGGAUCGAGCUCCCUUCAUCUUCACAUCAGAGAUGGAAUAUUUCAUCACAGAAGGAGGAAAAAACCCACAGCGUUUCCAAGAGUUUGUGGAGCUUUGCUGCCGAGCCUACAACGUAGUGAGGAAACACAGCCAGUUACUCUUGAACCUGCUGGAGAUGAUGCUGCACGCAGGACUGCCUGAGCUAAACAGCGUUCAGGAUCUGAAGUAUGUGUAUGAUAAUCUCCGUACUUAUGACUCAGACCUCCAGGCUACCAGCUACUUUACAAGGAAAAUAAAGGAAAGCUUGGAGUGCUUUCCUGUUAAACUCAAUAACUUGAUCCACGCACUUGGGCAGAUGUCGGUGGCAGGCUCUGCCAAGCAGCCAGCUCCAGAGACUGUGCCCCAAGAGUGGGUGAUGCUGGAUGCAGAGCAGUCAAUAGCAAGAGCCAUCAUUCUGGGGUUCAGCAGAAAGCCUGAAUUGGGUAUGUAGUGUGUGUACCUAGUCCAGGUAGUGCAAACCUGCAACAUGGUCACUUUGUGGGAUAAAUCAUUUGAUCAGUUCUCAAAACUCCACAGCCAGCUCCAAAGCAACUUCCAUCCCAUGCUUCUCCCAGAGUUUCCCCAUUCGUGGCAUUUACCUUACACUGACCUCGAACAUAAAAGAGUGAAGGAUUUGAAUCUCUAUCUGAAGCAGCUGCUAAGUGGACCCAGGAAGCUGUCUAAAAAUGAGCUUGUCCUCAGCUUCUUCCUGAAUUGGAGCAAAAAUACCUCAGCCAAAGGUGCAGCCUCUGUGACCUUAGGUCCUCAGUCAAGUGCUGCUAAGCCUGGAGUGCAGUUAGUCAUCUGCCACGAGCACGCACGUCUGACAGUCAUGCUGAAACACAUGCGGAACAUUCACCUCCCAGAUGGCUCUGCCCCAAGUGCACAUGCUGAGUUUUAUCUUCUGCCAGAUCCUUAUGAAGUCAGUCGAAGGAAAACAAGAACAGUUCCAAAAAACUCUGACCCUACUUACAAUGAAAUUGUGGUGUAUGACAGAGUCACAGAGCUCCAAGGCCGGAUACUGAAGCUCGUUGUGAAAAGCAAAGGAACGUUUGUGGGAGCUGUUAACAUUCAGCUGAGCUGUGUGCAGUUAAAUGAGGAGAAGUGGUAUCCCCUGGGAAACAGCAUCAUUUAAAUGUCCAACAUAACUCAGUUAUCUGUCCUCUAAUGUUUCUUCACCCCUUUCACAGGGUACCUUUUAUCUCAGAAUCACAGAAUGUCAGGGGCUAGCAGGGACCUUGAAAGAUCACCCAGUCCAAAGCCCCUGCCAGAGCAGCACCACCUUUUGUUUAUUACACACCAGGCUUCAUUUCUGUUAUUUUUUUUCAUCCACACUUUCCCCCAUCGUCCUCUUUUCCUCUCCAUCUCCCUCCUUUCAGCACCACCUCCCCUUUUCCAACAUAUCUGCCCCUCCCACCUCACAAUGUGUUUUCCCCCAAACCCAGAGCACCUGGGCUCUGUUGAGGUCUCCUCCCAAACCCAGCACACCUGGCCUCUGUUGAGGUCGCCUCCCAAACCCAGGUGUGGCCACUUUGCCCCUCCUUCCCACUCCCCUUUUUAAUGGGCCCCAGGAAAGGCAGAAGCUCCAAGUUUGCCCAACUGGGCAGAGGGAUCCUCCUCCUGGGAUCACUGGUGAGUGCCUGUGGUGUGCACCGGGUGACUGGUGGAGGGGAUCUAAAGGCCGGGGGGCCUCGGUGGCCCCCCGGCUAUGUAGGAUAGGGACAUGAUGAUCAUUCUAACAUUACCCACGGGUGCUGGCUGGACCUCCUUACUUAGGUUGAGCUCCUCUGUGAUCAGCUGCUUCUUUCUGCUCACUGAUGAUCAGCUGAAGAAGUUGGCAGAACUGGAAGCUCCUGGAAUCCUGCGGACUGGGAGGGACCUCAAAAGCUCAUCCAGUCUAGACCCCUGCCAGAGCAGGAUCACCUAGACCAGAUUACACAGGAACACAACCAGGCAGGUUUUGAAUAUCUCCAGAGAGGGAGAUUCCACAACUCCCCUGGGCAGCCUGCUCCAGGGCUCUGUCACCUUCACAGUGAAAAAAAAUUCCUCCUGAUAUUUAAAUGAGACUUCUAUGCCUCAGCUUCCACCACUGCCCCUUGUGCUGGCACUGGGCAUCACCCAGCAGAGCCUAGCUCCAGCCUCCUGGCACUCACCUGCAUCUAUUGAUAACCAUUGCUGAGGUGACCUCUCAGUCUUCUCCUCUCCCAGCAGCAC